AUGGCAACAGAGCCAUCCAGAGCAGCAGGUGACCAGUGGAAGCCACGAAGCGGCAGGAAUAACAACUUCAACGACCAGCAGGACGACGAAUUGUCAGCUACGGUGGACACGCCUGGGCCACUGAAUGUCAGCGACUACCCUCCUGCUGUCAGUCAGAGUAGCACGCACGGCAAGCGAAGGAGAGCUUCCAUGAGAUCCAGCGGCAAGCAAACGGGAUGGGUCCCUAGGUUGGAAGAUGUGGAGGAGGGUACAUGGACCAUUUAA